CCACACACACUCAAAAUAUCAAAAAAGGGGAGAGGGGGAGAGGAAGGAAGGCAGGGAGGAAAGAAGGUGAGGCAUUCUUCUCCCUUUCAAAUUUGGCGGGGCCUAUUGAUUCGUGUGCGCGCCAUCUGUUGUCCGCGGGAGGCACUACGCAUCACAACAUUCCUGUGGGUGGAGAAGCCGAGGCCCGACCGCGACUGCCCCCGCACGAAGGCCCUCGCUCCUGCUGGGGACUUUCAUGGUGAUUUAAGCGCCUCGGAAGUGUCCCUCUCAGACACUCCGACGAAUCCUCGAAGGGCCGAGGAGCAGCUCUCGCGGCACGACCAUGGCGCCCGACAAAGACAGAGGGGCAGCCCUCAAAGAAAGGGAGAAUGUGCGAGUGGUGGUGAGGGUUCGACCUCUCAGUGAUAAGGAGAUUCACAGUGGCCACAAGAGCAUGGUGGAGACAGAUGACAUGAACUGCUCUCUCAUCGUUACCAAUCCCUCAGCGCAGUCAGGAGAACCUCCCAAGGUGUUCACGUUUGAUUCGGUCUUUGGUGCCGAUUCUAAGCAGGUGGAUGUGUAUAACCUGGCUGCACGCCCAAUUGUAGAGAAUGUACUAGAAGGAUACAACGGCACAAUCUUCGCCUACGGGCAGACAGGAACAGGGAAGACUUUCACCAUGGAGGGUGUGAGAUCGGUGCCAGAACUGAAAGGAAUCAUUCCCAACUCGUUCGCUCACAUUUUUGGACACAUUGCCAAAGCAGAGGAAGACAAAAAGUUCUUGGUACGAGUUUCAUAUUUAGAGAUUUACAAUGAAGAAGUAAGGGACCUGCUGCGCCAGGACCAGUCCAUGCGCCUGGAGGUGAAGGAGCGCCCAGAUGUGGGUGUCUAUGUUAAGGACUUGUUAACACAUGUUGUACAUAAUGCAGAUGAAAUGGACAGAAUCAUGACGCUUGGAAACAAAAAUAGGGCUGUUGGAGCAACCAACAUGAACGCACACAGUUCGCGAUCACACGCCAUCUUCACAAUUACUAUAGAGUGUGCAGAGAGAGGUAUGGAUGGACAACAACAUUGGAGAGUCGGGAAGCUUCACCUUGUAGAUCUUGCUGGUUCAGAGCGACAGAGCAAAACGGGGGCGACAGGUCAGAGACUGAAAGAAGCUAGUAAAAUUAAUCUGUCCCUUUCAACGCUGGGAAAUGUAAUAUCGGCUCUGGUGGAUGGAAGGUCGACACAUAUACCUUACCGAAAUUCUAAGUUAACAAGACUUCUACAAGACUCUUUGGGAGGCAACUCAAAAACGUUAAUGUGUGCAAAUAUAGGACCAGCCAGUUACAACUAUGACGAGACGAUCAGCACCUUGCGCUACGCCAAUCGAGCAAAGAACAUCUGUAACAAAGCCAAGAUUAAUGAGGACCCGAAGGAUGCUCUUCUCCGGCGACUCCAGGAUGAGAUAAAGACGCUGAGAGGUCAACUUGAAGAGGUGGCUGCCAUCCGCAAGAAGAUCGAAGAGGAACGUAAGAUGUUAUCGGAGAGGAAGGACCUGGAGGAGGAGGAGAGGAACAAGGUGAAGAGUGACUUGGAUAGACAUGAAAAAGAGCUGAAGAAGGCCCAGAAAGAGCAGGAAGCCUUGAAGCAGAGGUUACAAGGACUAGAACGCAAAAUUCUCGUUGGUGGCGAAAAUUUGUUAGAGAAAGCAGAGGAGCAGGAGAGACUCUUGGAAGAAUCAGCCAAGGAGCUUGAGGAGAGGCGGCGGCAUGAAGAACAGCUCCGACAUGCCAUCACGCAAAAAGAGGCAGAGAGAAUUGACCUAGAAGAAAGGUAUACCACCUUACAAGAAGAGAAUGCUGGCAAGACCAGAAAGCUUAAAAAGGUGUGGACUCUCCUGAUGGCUGCCAAGUCAGAACUGGGGGAUAUGCAGGCAGAACACCAACGGGAAAUGGAGGCUCUUCUGGAGUCUGUGCGGCACCUAUCUCGGGAACACAAGUUACAUCAGCUGAUCAUUGAUUCUUUCAUUCCGUUGGAGUAUCAGGACAUGGUUGAGCGUUACGUUCACUGGAAUGAGGACAUAGGGGAAUGGCAGCUGAAGUGUGUUGCUUACACGGGGAACAACAUGAGGAAACAGCUGGACAACGGUGAUGCAGAAAAGGAGAAUCAGAAUCAAGAUGGGGAUAUGUGGCAGGUCUACAAGACAUACAGUCCCGAGGUGUACACAAAACCUGCUGCCAAACCGCUUAGAAAGAAAUCAGGCAUUCCGAGACCCAAACACGCCAGGUCUGCCAGGAAAUACGACAAGUAGUUUCAACUCCUUCCCAAAUGGCUUGGUUUCCAAGGGUGAUAUAGAUUUUUGUGGUGUGAAGACAGCGUUGAGAGAGGAGUUAUGAGCCAGUUUAUUUCCAGCAGUGAGAAGUAAGAAUAGCACCAUGCAUCUAAAAUUGGAACUGAACUGUGUGUAUGGAAAUGAGCUUUAUAAGUGGUAGUAUAAUAAACCAAAAUAGAGUAAGAGAUGGAGAUGGAAAU